AAUUGUGAAAAAUUUCAUUUAGUAUAGACAGAAAAACAAACUAAACAAGUUAAUUAAGAAAAUCGUAGUAAAACAGUGUUUAAAAAUGAAACAAAAAAUUGAUAUCGAUGAAGAUGUAUCCUCUAUAUGUGAAUCAACAGCAUCACUGACGGAAGGAUGCAGACUCUCGGUGCGAAUGCAUAAAACAGACGAUUGGCCUUUAGCAGAAAUCGUUAGUAUAAAGGACCAUGAUGGCAAAAGACAAUUUUAUGUCCAUUAUGUUGAUUUUAAUAAGCGCUUGGACGAAUGGGUGACGGAAGAAGAUUUAGACACAAGAAAAGUACAAUUUCCUCGCAGAGAUGGUACACAGACGGGCGCCAGUACUGGUGUCACCACUCCUAAGAAACAUCUUUCAAUAGCUGGUAGUGUUUCACGCCCGACAUCGCCACAACCUGCUGGUGGUGAAAUGGUCAAUGGAAAUGCUGUACUGGCGGCAGCACUACAGAAAAAAAUAAACAGAAAAAGAAAAGUAAAUUCUGUUGCAGUGCCAUUAAAGGAGGAUGUAGUUCCUAAGAAAGAUUGUAAUGUUUUACAGAUCAAUUCCACACCUUUGCCUUUGUCAGCACCACCAGUGGUAGCGGCAGCAGCUGCGGCCACUGAAUCCUCACCUGCCACUUUACCAGUGACCACAAAUGAAGAAGGUUCGCAGGAUGGUAAAAAUGGUACUCCCAGACAAUCAGGUAGUAUGGUCACUAUACAUCAGGAUGAUGUAGUGACACGUAUGAAAAAUAUUGAAAUGAUAGAAUUGGGUAAACACCGUAUUAAACCUUGGUAUUUUUCCCCAUAUCCCCAGGAAUUUCAGGAAUUGUGCCAAAUGCCCUGCAUCUAUAUCUGUGAAUUUUGUUUGAAAUAUCGUAAGAGUCGCAAGUGCCUGGAAAGACAUUUGGUGAAAUGUAAUCUACGACACCCACCCGGUAAUGAAAUUUAUCGCAAGAAUACCAUAUCAUUUUUUGAAAUUGAUGGGCGAAAAAAUAAAGUGUACGCCCAGAAUCUAUGUUUACUGGCUAAACUUUUUCUGGACCACAAAACGUUGUACUAUGACACCGAUCCCUUUUUAUUUUAUGUAAUGACGGAAUACGACAAUCGAGGCUUUCAUAUAGUGGGCUACUUCUCAAAGGAAAAAGAGAGUACAGAAGAUUACAAUGUGGCUUGUAUUUUAACCAUGCCUCCUUACCAGCGUAAAGGCUAUGGAAAAUUACUUAUAGAAUUCAGCUAUGAAUUAUCAAAAUUUGAGGGUAAAACUGGUUCUCCCGAAAAGCCUUUAUCAGAUUUGGGUUUACUAUCGUACCGCUCCUACUGGGCGCAAACAAUAUUGGAGAUAUUUAUCAGUCAAAAGCCCACAAAUGAUGGAGAAAAGCCGACCAUAACAAUCAAUGAUAUUUGUGAAGUAACUUCCAUCAAAAAAGAAGAUGUUAUUUCUACCCUGCAGAAUUUGAAUCUUAUAAACUAUUACAAGGGUCAAUACAUAGUUUGCAUUAAUCGUGAUACUAUAGAUCAACACAAAAAGGCCAUGGACAAGAGAAAAAUACGCAUAGAUUCAAAAGCUCUACAUUGGACUCCUAAAGACUGGUCCAAACGUUCCAAGUGAAUUGAAUGUGUAGAAAGAACCUCAAGAUACUUCCCCCACACAGAAAUAAACUUAAAAAAUAAUAAGAUACGAAUAAAUAAAUGCACUGCAGUAUUGCGGAGAGUUGUCCAACACUCUAGCCAGUUACUGCAUAUAAUUAACAUAAAA